ACAGGAAGAGAGGAAGAGGACUCGGAUCGUGAGAGCUGUCAAAUUGCAUUGGACGAACAAACUCCGCGAAUCUGCCGCAGCAGCAGUCCUGCCCUCACUCCAGGUCACAUUAAACAAUAGCGCGCCUGUUUCUUUGUAGGAACCUUUAGGGUUUUGGCGAAGUGAGGACCGAUCUGAGAGCGUUGCUGCUGUUUUUUAGGAGUCGCUUACCCCGUAGUUCCCGGAAAUACAGCGCAGAGGGCAUUGGUGUGAGGAUGGCCGCAUACAAGCUUGUGCUGAUCCGCCAUGGAGAGAGCUGCUGGAACCAGGAGAACCGCUUCUGCGGCUGGUUCGACGCAGACCUGAGUGAGACCGGAGAGCAGGAGGCAAAAAGAGGAGGACAGGCCCUGAGCGAUGCUGGUUAUGAAUUUGACAUUUGCUACACCUCUGUCCUAAAGAGGGCCAUCCGCACCCUGUGGUUUGUCCUGGACAGCAUCGACCAGAUGUGGCUGCCUGUCCACCGGACCUGGCGCCUCAAUGAACGCCACUAUGGUGGCCUGACUGGGCUGAACAAGGCUGAAACAGCAGCCAAACAUGGGGAAGCCCAGGUCAAGAUCUGGAGGCGUUCCUUUGAUAUUCCUCCUCCACCUAUGGAUGAGGGACAUGACUACUAUCAGACCAUAAGCAAGGACCGGCGUUAUGCUGACCUGACGGAGGACCAGCUCCCCAGCUGUGAGAGUCUUAAGGAUACUAUUGCCCGGGCACUUCCUUUCUGGAAUGAAGAGAUAGUUCCACAGAUCAAGGAGGGAAAGAGGGUGCUGAUUGCUGCCCAUGGCAACAGUCUCCGGGGCAUUGUCAAGCAUCUGGAGGGUAUGUCAGAGGAAGCCAUCAUGGAGCUGAACCUGCCCACAGGUAUCCCCAUUGUGUAUGAGUUGGACAAGAACCUGAAGCCUAUUGGACCCAUGAAGUUCCUGGGAGAUGAUGAGACUGUAAAGAAGGCCAUGGAAGCUGUGGCUGCUCAGGGCAAAGCCAAAAAAUAGACUUGUCCUUCCUUUGGGAGCCAGAUCAAUCAUCUGCUGUUUUACAUAAAGUUACAAAAGGGUCAUUAACUGUUUGUCAUCACAGACUUGAGCACAGGUAGAUACACAAUGUGCACUUUAUCUUAACACCCAGCUUUCACACAAAUGUACCAUCUGGUGUUUAAUUUGACUGCUCUUUACUUUGUUGCAUACCGAAACAUGCAUUUCAUUAUUAGACUGUGGAUAUCAGUUGUAAUAUGGUUUAAGCGCUGACCAAAUAUAAAUUAGGGACCAGCAAACAGACUACCCCAGCAGAGUUGUUCUAAGUAUUCCUUCCUAUUUACAACCCAUGUAGGUGAAGCUCACUGGGAACAGGAAAAACCUAUACAGUAGCACUGGCUGUUGUUAAAGAGUGAGCUCAUUUGCUCUACACUGCUGAAUUUUGUUUGUUGUGGCAUUGUGCUAAAAAUUAUUAAAUGUUGUGAGUCAUUAUGCAGUGAA